AUGGCGAGGGCGACGGGAGGAGGUAAGAGUUACCGCUUCGCCGCCGGCGAGGAGGAGGAGGCAGCAGCGGCUGGGCAGGUGGAGUGCAGCCGGUCGUGCACGGCGGUGGUGGUGGCGGACUGCGUGGCUCUGGGGUGCUGCCCGUGCGCGGUGGCGGCGGCGCUGGGGUGGCUGGCGCUGGUGAAGGCGCCCUGGGCGGCGUCGCGGCGCUGCGUGAGGAUGCUGAGGAGGUCUCUACGCCGGCGCAGAGUGGGGGACGAUGACCGGAAUGAUGAGAAGGGGAAGAAGAAGGCGACGCCGAGGGGGGCGGAGGAGACGGUGGCGAGGAGGAGCGACUGGGAGGAAGCGAGGGAGCUGGUCGAAGGAAUGGGUUCGAGAUUUGAACCGGACCGGAUUUGGUUGGAACUGUAUCAGAUCGGGCAGUGGGGGUUUGGGAGGUUGUCCUUCUCCGGACUUCAAGGGGGCGACUCGUAA